AUGAUCAGUGAUGAAAAUAUAGAUAUUGUUGACAGAAUAGAAAAUGAUGAGCCCAUGUAUGAUGCUGAUAUGGAACAUGAUAAUACCAUGAAGGAAUCAACUGCCAUGAAAGAAAUCGAAGAUGCAACUGCACCUUUGGUGUUUGACAUCAGCCAACCUCUCCCCACUCCCAGUACCAAUGAUGUAAAGAACCUGGAAUUUAUUCAAAUUGUCAAGGAGUUUGGCAUUUCUUGUAAUGCCUAUGAAAAGAUUGCCAGCCACUUCAACAAGAUUCUUGCUAGCUCUACAAGCACAUAUAGAGCAUGCAUAUCUUAUCUCGGUAAAAAGCUUCUUAAGUGUUUCUCCAGAAUAAAGUAG